AUGGAUCCAGUUAAGACAGUCAAGUUCGUCGGCAAGACACUAAAUUUUAGUGGCAAAAGGUUAUUCGACAUUUUGUGCCGACUUCAAAAUUUUGGCAUCGGCAGAAUAGUCUACCGAAAUUCAUUUUACGAACGUUACGAUGAGCCAUGUUACAUCAGGAUCACAGGAGUCGAUCCAGACAUGUCGGAUCCAACACAAUCGAGUUUGAAUAAAAGGUCAGAAAGUGUAGCCUACGGCACACAAGUAUUCAGAGGAGAAAACAUGGGUGAAAUCAAAAUAAGGAAUGGGGCCAAGGCUGAUUGGAGACUGGUAAUGAAACAAGAUGAAGAAGAAUUUCUACGGAAAGCCAAUAGCGUCCCCAAGCGAGUAAAAACUGAACCACCAAAAGCAGUAAGGUUCCCACCACUGUUAGAACAGUUUCUCAUACAGGAGGCUAACGAAAGAGGGAAUGUCUCGGAAGAAGGACCUUUGUUGCAAUUAAAAGUCCGAUCACAUGAAAAUAAUAAUAUUAAUAAUAACUUUUGA